AUUAUAAAUUUUUCAGUCGUAAACUAAACACACUAGAAAUACGAGUGAUAAUUCCUGUUUCUCUGUAGCGCAAAUCAAAAAACUGCUUGAAGAUGUCCGCAGAAGUCGAGGAGAUGCUAAAACGCUACCAAGGUAUAAAGAAUAUUGUGGGCAUCAUUGUUGUCGAUAACGAUGGCAUAGCCAUCAAGUCAACGCUGGAUAACCAAAUGUCUGUUCAUUAUGCGGGACAUAUGCAAACGCUAACAGAAAAAGCACGUCAGGUGAUUUUAGAUCUGGAUGCAGCAAAUGAGUUCAUAUCUAUGCGCAUGCGCACUAGCUAUUUUGAGAUAAUGCUCAUGCCCCAUGAUAACUUUUUUAUUGUCGUUAUUCAGAACCCUUGCGAUUAAACGGGCUGAGUACUGAUAAAUUUGAAAUCUUCAUUAUGUUCUCCAAAUUAUGUUAUUAAAAG